UACUCUUAUUUCGGUAAUUAGCAUCUCUGUGGCCAUAAUGAUCUAUUCUUUGCUACGUUUCUUUGAUGCCUUGCUUGUCUGUUUGCUCUUUGGUUUAUGACUCGAAAAAGCUUGCCGUCAGAAAGGCGCCCCCAACAUGCUGCUUUUCCAGCAGGUCUGUCUUUCCCUCGGGACGCAGUGACAUGAGAGCAGGACCUCGGUUCUGAUUAAGAAGGGGGAUGAACAGCACUCCGCCUGGAUUACGGUUGGUGUGUGGACUUUUAAUAGACGAUUUAACGUUUGUCAUACGUUUCUUACCGUGUGAACGUAACUCUGCUGUAGUUUUAGAAGAAACACGGUGGGAAAGUCUAGAGAAACUUUCAGUAGGCCUGUCAGCAGUUGAGGUAGAUGUAUGUAAUAAAGAAAAAAUAUAUAUGUAUAUAAAACCACAUUACAAGUGUCUUAAAGAGUCUCCAACUGAAUCCAAGAUAUAAUUUCUCAACCAGCCUUUCCUUUGACAUUGUUUUACAAAAUGCACUUAUUUUAAAUGCCAUUUAUUACCUUGAUUUGAACAGCCUGUUUAAGUUGUGCUCAGGAAUUUGUGUAAUUUGUUAAUUGUUGUUUUCCAUUAUGUGAUACAAUCGCAUUUCGUUGCAAUUGUCAUGUUUGCUCUGUUCUAUUGUGAGAUACAAGAGUUGUUUUUUCGCUGACAGAGUUGAAUAGGGAUUAGCCUAUGGGCUGACCACAUGUCCCGUGGCCUUUGUUAUUUUCCUUUUUUGUUUUUUGUUUGUUUUUUUGCACUGAGUGAGUAAAUUGAUGAAGGCACUGUGGAUAAAAAGAGAAUGCAUUGACAAGGGGUUUCUAAAGCGAAAGGUCAUUUGGAGGUUCGGAAUUGCCAUCUGCCUCUGCCCGAGGCUAGAAGACUGGCAAUGAUGGUGACAAGCUACCAUAGAAUGAUGCUGAGUUGUGAAGCCAAAUUAUGUCAUUAAACUACAUCAAAAACUUUUAUGAAGGAUGCCUCAGGCCUCCGACGGUGAUAGGCCAGUUCCACACGCUGUUUUUCGGCUCUGUGCGUACAUUUUUUCUUGGAGUCCUUGGAUUCGCUGUCUAUGGCAAUGAGGCCCUCCACUUCAGCUGUGAUCCGGACAAAAGGGAAAUAAACCUUUACUGUUACAACCAGUUCAGGCCUAUAACACCUCAGGUAUUCUGGGCAUUGCAGCUAGUCACUGUCUUGGUACCUGCAGCUGUGUUUCAUCUUUAUGCUGCCUGUAAAAAUAUAGACCAGGAGGAGAUCCUUCAGCGGCCAAUGUCCACCGUCUUCUACAUUAUCUCUGUCCUAUUGAGAAUAAUUCUGGAAGUCUUAGCAUUUUGGCUUCAGAGGCACCUUUUUGGGUUCGUGGUUGAUCCUAUUUAUAUGUGCGACGCCAGUGCCCUUGCAAAGAUCUUCAACAUCUCUAAGUGUAUGGUCCCUGAACACUUUGAGAAGACUAUCUUCCUCAGUGCGAUGUACACCUUCACCAUCAUCACCAUACUCCUCUGUAUCGCUGAGAUUUUUGAGAUUCUGUUCCGAAGACUUGGUUAUUUAAACCAGCCAGUGACUUGAGAAUUUAGAAAGUGUUUUGAGUGAUGCUUCAGCAGUUUGUUUUAUGUCUUCUAUGGGUCUCUGACUGACAGACAGGACAUAAACCCACAUACCUCUGCAUUUUCUGGUGGUAGACACAGAAAGACAUGCUUUUUUUAAAAUAAGACAACUUAUUGUUCCUUUUCGGGAAUAAUCAAAACAAAACAAGCCUAACUACUGGCAAGGGACUCGUUAAUCUUUUUAGCUUUUAAGCUUAAAAAAACUCUCCAGCAGGAGAAUCUCUUUUGUUGACUUGUAUAAUCUAUCCUAAACCCACAAAAAUAUUUGGUAGAUAAUUAUUAUCUCUGCAAUAUUAUUUUCAGAUUUGGAUUUAUACUUUAUAUUGAAGUAGUACACAAUUUUGACAAAAAGAACAUUAUUGAAUGGUCCAUGGUAUCUAGUUACAAUCAUGCACAUUGAUAGUACAGUACAAUAAUCAUGCUGCUGUUUUCCAUAUAGUUUUGUGUCCAUUUGAGAAUUAUCUUAUGUGUUUGUAGCAUCUGUAUCUGUACGUUUUUAUCAGGCAUCCAUCCAACUUUUGUUAUUAUUCUCAGCUAAGUGUUUCAUCUCAGGUACAAAAUGGCACACUGUGAUCUCUUAUUUUCUGUCAGCGGGUAACUAUUUAUUAUAAGAAUACUGUUUAUGCAGAAAUGAAACAUCUGAGGAUCUGACAGCAGGUCUGGCCUGCACAUUUUCCCACAGUUGCCUUCCCACUGUUUCAGCACCACAGCUGUUUGAGUAAUAGCUUUUGUACUAUGUGUAGAGAGUUGAUCAUUUAUAUUGGUUUUUGAUCAGUGUCUAUGGGAUUUAUGAAAUGAUUAUGCAUGAAAAUCUUCAUUUAGGUAUAUGACAUUGGUGCAUAUUUUAUG